GGUUAAUUCCCGUGACAUUUAGCAUUGCAUUUGUUGUUAUAUAAUUUUCUCAUGAAAAAAUUGUAAAACCGGAUUGGUGAUAAAAGUAAAUCCAGUCAUGGCUUUUCGCUUAGUAACUCAGCAAGUAGCUCGACGUAGAGGAGGUCUCUUGACUGCUCUUCAGUUCGCGAAAUUAGAACAUUGUGCAUUUAGUGUGUCCGCAAGUAGGAUGACAGAGGACGUGCGCAUCGAGACGGACACUUUCGGGGAGCUGAAAGUGCCAGCUGACCGAUACUAUGGGGCACAGACGAUGCGAUCUGUGCUGAACUUUCCCAUCGGAGGACCAACGGAGCGAAUGCCAGAGCCCAUCAUCAAGGCGAUGGGGGUUCUCAAGAAGGCGGCGGCACUUGUGAACAAGGAGUACGGAUUAGAUGGCCGGGUGGCGGAUGCCAUCUCUCAGGCAGCAGAUGAUGUGAUCUCGGGGAGGCUAUACCAAGAAAACCACUUUCCGCUGGUCAUUUGGCAAACCGGUUCGGGCACGCAGACCAACAUGAAUGUGAAUGAGGUGAUCAGCAACAGAGCCAUUGAGCUUCUGGGCGGAAAACUCGGCUCCAAGGAUCCCGUUCACCCCAACGAUCACGUCAACAAGUCUCAGAGUUCCAAUGACACCUUCCCUACUGCCAUCCACAUUGCUGUGGCGCGUGAACUCGUGGAAAAUUUAAAGCCAGGCCUUAAGAUUCUCCACGACGCUCUCGAAGCAAAAGCCAGAGAAUUCAAGGAUAUCAUCAAAAUUGGCCGAACUCAUACGAUGGAUGCUGUUCCUCUAACUCUUGGCCAGGAGUUCAGUGGGUACGUACAACAGCUUACUUUUGCCCUGGAUCGGAUCGAUGCUGUCCUCCCUCGAGUUUACAUGCUGGCACUCGGAGGCACUGCCGUUGGAACUGGCCUCAAUACGCGUGUAGGAUUUGCCGAGAAGACUGCAGCCAAAAUCGCCGAGUUAACAAAGUUGCCCUUCGUCUCAGCGCCAAACAAAUUUGAAGCUCUUGCGGCUCGUGAUGCCAUGGUCGAGGUUUCUGGUUGUCUGAACACUAUUGCCACCAGCCUUAUGAAGAUUGGCAACGACAUUCGCUUCCUGGGAUCGGGUCCACGUUGUGGUCUCGGUGAGCUGAUGCUGCCUGAAAAUGAGCCUGGAAGUUCAAUUAUGCCCGGCAAGGUGAACCCCACUCAGUGUGAGUCCCUCACAAUGAUCUGCGCACAGGUGAUGGGAAACAGCGUGGCUGUUACUGUGGGCGGUUCCAAUGGUCACUUUGAACUCAAUGUCUUCAAACCACUGAUCGCGUCCAACGUCCUCAGAUCGAUUCGCCUCUUGGCCGAUGGCAGUCGCACCUUUACUGCCAAUUGCGUGAACGGCAUCCAGGCUAAUCGGGAUCGCAUCGCACAAAUCAUGAAUGAGUCUUUGAUGCUUGUCACUGCCCUCAAUCCACACAUCGGCUACGACAAGGCGGCGAAGAUCGCCAAGACGGCACACAAGGAAGGCACCACCCUUAAAGCGAGCGCCCUGAAAUUGGGAUACCUCACGGAACAGCAAUUUGCUGAGUGGGUACGCCCAGAGAAUAUGCUGGGGCCCAAAUAAAAGUUUAUCCGUUAUCGUCACUUUUGCGGCAUCCCAUAACUUAUCUACUAAAUUGUGGCCAUUGUAUAGCCCCACCAGUGAUUUUCUGUUUUGAAUAAAUCCAAUAAAUUCUCAUGAUAAGCUUUCAAGGA